AUGUCUCAACGCAUAGCCGAAUUUGUAAGCAAGAUUGCUAUCCCUGCUGGUGUAGCACUUACCCUUGGCCAAUCAGCCAUUUACGAUGUGGAGGGUGGUAAAAGAGCAGUUAUCUUUGAUCGUCUUCAAGGUGUUCAACCAGAUGUUAUUGGAGAGGGUACUCAUUUUAUGAUUCCAUGGUUACAAAGACCAAUAAUUUUUGAUGUUAGAACCAAGCCAAAGACCAUUUCGACUACAACCGGAUCAAAGGAUUUACAGAAUGUUAGUUUGACAUUGAGAGUAUUGAUUCGUCCUGAAGUAUUGAAGUUACCAAAGAUUUAUCAAACUUUAGGGUUGGAUUAUGAUGAAAGAGUUUUACCAGCCAUUGGGAAUGAAGUUUUGAAAUCCAUUGUUGCCCAAUUCGAUGCUGCUGAGUUAAUUACCCAAAGAGAAGUUGUUAGCUCCAGAAUUAGACAAGAAUUGGCUAUUAGAGCAAAUGAAUUUUCCAUUCAAUUGGAAGAUGUUAGUAUUACUCAUAUGACUUUUGGUAAGGAGUUUACUAAGGCUGUUGAACAAAAGCAAAUUGCUCAACAAGAUGCUGAAAGAGCCAAGUACUUGGUUGAAAAGGCUGAACAAGAAAAGAAGGCUCUGAUCAUUAGAGCAGAAGGUGAAGCUCAAUCUGCUGAUAUGAUCAGUAAAGCCUUGAGUAAAGCUGGUGACGGGUUAUUGAUGAUUAGAAGAUUAGAAGCUUCUAAAGAAAUUGCACAAACUUUAGCCAGUUCUCCAAAUGUUAGUUACUUGCCUGGAGGAGGGUCAGGUGAACUGGACAAGCCAAACUUAUUAUUGAACAUUGGCCGUUAA